AUGGCCACGCCCCUAGAUCCAUCAUUGAUCCCUAACCCCACCCGCCCAUUCGACCCGGCACGCCUUGCACUCCGCGCUGUGCGCCCAGAGCAAGACAAUACACUAUUCGUCGCUCUAGGCAACGAUCACCAAGGCUUCAUCAACAGCAGCGCACCCAAUAUUAGUCUACCGGGUGCCUCGCACGCCAAAUCCUACAUGGAUUACGUGGCCAAUGAGGCGCUGGUGGGCGCUGUGAUUUGGCUAAGAGACGAUGCAACGGGCGGGACACGAAUGUCGGCGCCAACGUGGGCACCGAGUAAUGUAGAAAGGAGAUCCAACAACGACGCCAUCAACUCCCCAUCCACCUUCACUACCAGCCAGCCUCUGCCGUCUGACUGGGGCACCGCAAUAGGGGUACUUCACCUCUCGCGCCUCACCCUUAGCACCACGCACCACCGCCGCACCGACAUCGGCAUCACCAUCCUGCCCGCCUACCAAGGGCGCGGCUACGGCCGUGAAGUCAUAGAGGUACACAUCCAAGCGUUCGAGUGGAACGUGGGUGCGUUGAGGUUAUAUGAGAAGAUCGGGUUCAAGGCCGAGGGGAGGGAGAGGGAGGCGUUCUGGCAUGAGGGGAGGUGGUGGGAUGGGGUUGAUAUGGGCAUGUUGGAGGGAGAAUGGUGGGACAUGACGAGGAAGAGUGAGGGCAAGGAGAAGCUAUGUCGAUACAGCCCCAAACUCGUUAGUGUAUAA